AAUGUUACUUUAAAUCCUCACGCUUUACUUUGCCUUCGAGCACAGAUAAGGAGACACUCGUUGCCUCAUCGGUUUAUUAUUCUAAUCCGUCUGAACUGUCUUGUGAUAUUUAUGACUCUACACUUGUUAAAUCAAAAAGAGUUUCAAACAGCGAGUGACUAACUUUGGAGAGAGAUAAAACGUAUUGAAAUAACUAAAAUACUGCUAUGGCUGUACUUGAAAAGGUUGCGAAGAAGCGCGGUCACAGAAGCGCAGAGCGGAGCGGAACAGAACGGACGUCGCGGCACGACGCAGCGCAGGGCAACAGCAGGAGCGAGGAAAGGAUGGCCAGCCGUCUUCGAGGCACGGCCAGGAUGCUCGCCGUCUGCCUGGUCUACCUUUUGACGCUCCUCGGUUCGUACUGUCAAAUGGCACCAGCCGUGGCUGGCGGCACCAGAGGCUGGCAGGUAGGAAGCGGCCACAAAUACAAGCUGACGAACACGCUGAUCUUCAGAGAGGCCGAAACGCCGAAAUCCGGGGGUGAUGUCGGUUUCAGGCUGACCAGCGAACUCGAUAUCAUCGCUCUGUGGCAGGAUUUCAACGAUCCCAAUACCUUUUUACUUAAAUUCGAGUUAUUGUCACCGCAAUUAUGGAUCAAAUCCCGGCGAGCUCCGGAGCCGGAAGGUUUUGUGGAGCACUCAUCCAAAGUGGAGCAGGUCGCCGAGAAGCCCUUCUUCGUGCUCUGGCGACACGGCGACGUCGAGGCCAUGUACAUGGACCCGGCCGAGACCGCGUCGUCGGCGAACCUGAAGCGCGGCUUAGCUAGUCUCCUGCAAUACCGAACGCUCGACGACGAGGUGCGUCAACGGGACGCUUCUGGCCUUUGCGACGUAAUCUACAUGACGUCCGGAGAUAAUGUUAUCGAAAAACGUAAGACCGCCUGCACGUACGAUACGCUGCCGCCGCCGAGGCAGCACCCGAAUCCGAUGUUCGCCGUCCAACUUAAGAGUUAUCGCAACUCGACGUACGUGCUGACGCAGUCGCUGCUGCCGGAACACGUGGUCGAUUACGAGAUGCACAGAAUGACCUUGGUGUUCAAGCCCGACGUCGGUACGAGUGUCGUGUCGGAAAGAACGCUCAGGCAGGCAGCCGAGGCUCUGAGCGCGACGGCGGUCCAGGCAAAUUCCGCGAAGCAGGCGGUGAUGCUGCUUCAGCCCAAAUACACAGAGACCGCAUAUACAGACACUGACCUCGUACUCCGACCGAUGCCCGCCAUAUGUCCUGAUGCCGGAUGUCCCACGAUUAACCAGGCGAUCGAUGAAUACUACGAAACGCUCACCGCCUCCGCGUUGGGCUCGGCGAAAUCCGCGUCGGCUUUUCUCAAGCUUUUACCUCUAGUCAGAAACGCCUCGCCCGAGGAGCUGCACAAGAUUUUGAAGACGCCGCGCAAUCAACGGAUAAAGAUGCAGUUGUUAGAUGUAUUUGGCGCCGCGUCUACACUGUCCGCUCAUCAAACCGCCAUGAAGAUACUCCGGCAGGAUGAGACCGGUGACGAGACCGAGCGGUAUCUGUGGGCGCUAUCUCUCUCGCCGACGCCACACGUCGACGUAGCCAGAGAUAUUCUGCGACGCUCCGAGGAGACGAUGCAAAACGACAAGGUGUCCGAGACCUAUGCGCUCGCGGCGGGCGCGAUGGCGCGGCAUUACGGGUCCGCCGCGAUGAUAGAGAAGGCGCGAGUCAGCCUGGAACUGGGCCUGGAGACCUGCACCGGCGAGGAGUGCAAGCUCAAGUUCCUGCGAGCUUUGCGAAACUUGAGGAGUCCAGCGGCGGUACCCACGUUGUUGGUGCACGCGUUAAGUGACAGCAGGACCAUCAGCGUCGCCGCCUGGCGCGCCUUGAGGACCCUUCCGCGCGAAGCCGUGACCGACGAGCUGAAGAGCGCGGCGCACAAGAUUUUCUAUCAGAUCGGUGGACCGCGAAGGGACAGCAGCGCGCGUACGAUCGCGCUGGACAUUAUCCUCGAGAACGAGCCUUCCUGCGAAGUUUUGCGCGACUUUGUGAUGUAUUUAAGUAACAACGACUCGGCCUACGAGGUCCGCAGGUAUCUGAGUCAACGUCUGAGGCAAAUCGCCGAGAGGGUCACGCGAUUCGCCGAGUGCCUAAGGGGCAUAUAUGCGAGCGACAACGUGACACUCAACAAUUAUCACGUGCAAGCACAGCGGGGUCUCAGCACCGCCUUCGCGAGGGACUUCUUGCGCUCGCCCGACAGCAACGGUUCUCUGGUUACCGUCCAGGAAGUGAAUUCCGGUCUCCUGAAGCGCGGUAUCGUGGACGUCGUGUUGGAAAGCAACAAGCAGCGGCAAGCGAUGUUCUCGCUGGGACUAUUCGCCGGCGGUCUCGGCGGCUUCGUCUCGAAUCAGGAGGAGGAAACGCAAGCCGACGAAGCCGAGGUGGCCACCGCCGGAAUGGAAAUUGACCUUCUCGACGUCGGGAUACGACCGUUCGUCUUCUUCUCCGGGCAGGGCGAGCUGAUGGGCCACGUCUGGUCUGGCACGGCGGACACGAGGACCCCCGCCUUCCAGUCUCUCGCCUCUCUGUACAGUCAUAGCGAAUACGUGCCAUUGGGAUCCGGUUUCGUCGCCGAGAUCGAUAUUCAGGGCGCCGUGAGCUUCGAGCUGGCCGGCGAGAUCCAGCUUAGCCUGUGGUCGAGAAACGCGCACUCCCUGGUCGACAUGAACGCCGGCGUGACGGUCCACGGCGGCACUCGGGUGCACACGAGCUUCGUGCAGAGCAAGGCGGAGUUCACGAUGGCGAUGGAACCGAAACUUCAGCUGUCCACUGACGUGGACUUUAGCGGGCCGGUGGCGUUGUGCAUGAAACUGAGCCAACCGGUCACCACGGUGAAGCAUCAGAUCUACAAAAUCGAGAGAAUACCUGGCAGCCGGCACAGGUUGAGGAAAACGCGCCGGAUGAAGGUCCACUCACCCGGCAGAUCUUACAUGCUCAAUCAAAAGAACAACGAAAUGUGCGCGAAACUUACGAAUUUAAGUUAACGCAUACCGAAGACUAUUCAGUGACUUUUUUUUUAUGAUGCAUAAUCGGUAAAAGGACCAGACCAGAAACUAUACUUUUUUUAUUAUUUUGUGACUAUUAGGGUGAAAUCUGACAAUGCGUAUGAUAAUAUGGUAGCGCCUACGUUCAAAUUAAUGGAUAGCGUGCUACAUUUGAACCUCGAUAACGUUCGAAAUUAAUUGAAUCCUUACAGAAAUUUAAUAUUAAAAGUAAUUAUAAUUAGUUAUUUUAAGUAUUAAACUGUGGUCUUCUGUAAGGAAAGUCUUUUCUGCUUUUCUAAUUAUAUUUGUUACUCAAUUUUAUUUUAGUUACCAUGUGGGAUUAAUAUAAAUAGAUUUCAAAAUUUUAGA